AUGAGUGAUGGCGUGUGGCAGGUUCUCAGACCUGCAGCGGUUCUGGAUGUCAGUCAGAACUUCCCCCGUUUCGCCGUGUAGCUGCUUUCGGGCUGUUCCACUGCAGAAUUGGAUCUCCUGAAUUUUGCUCUUCUUCCUCCGAGUUCCAUCUGUCGUACUUCAGAUAUCUGUCCCUUCAUUGCCAAUGGAUGGCGUUGCAGUCGUAACUCCACCUCAACUAUCCAGAGACCCUCCUGAUUUUUCUCCUCCCUGUCCAAAUGAAUCCUCAUCCAUUAGACCUCCACCUCCACCGCCCCCUGCCCCGGCUCCACCUCCACCACCUCCGCCGCCCCCACCCGCGCCCUCUGGGGGUGACCCUUUCUCUCGCACCGUCCACAGGCGUUCCAGGAUGCGCAACUUCAACUGGGACACCAUCCCCCGGCACAGCGUUGUGGGCAAACGCAACGUGUGGACAUCCCAGAGGAAGCUGGAGGACUUCCCACUGGACACAGCGAGCAUCGAGGAGCUGUUCAGCCACAGCGAGCAGCAGCGGGUACCCCGGCGGGGUGGGACAGUCAAGAAGAGUGUAUGGGGCCUUCAGUCGACCAAUCAGCAAUCAGACAUGAUCUCAAUCGUCAACUCGAAGAAAAGUAUGAAUAUUGGGAUUUUCCUGAAGCAGUUUAAAAGGCCGAUGCAAGAAAUCGUGGAGGAUGUGCGGCAGGGAAACAUGCGGUUUGCUGCUGGAAGAUUGAAAGAGCUGAGCAAGCUGCUGCCUGAUGAUGUGGAGUUGAAGAAGCUGUUGUCAUUCAGUGGUGACGUGUCUCAGCUGGCAGAGGCUGACCGCUUCUUGCUGAUGCUGGUCAAAAUUCCAGGGUAUGAAGAACGACUCGAGAGUCUGCUCCUCAGGGAAGAAUUCGGCCCCUUCAUAGAGGAGGCCACAAACUCCAUUUCUGUCAUGACUGAAGCAGCUGGUGAGCUGCUGACAUGUGAUGAUCUUCAUUCUAUCAUUCGACUUGUGCUGAAAGCUGGAAAUUACAUGAACGCUGGUGGCUACGCUGGUCGUGCUAUAGGAUUCAGGAUGACUUCUCUGCUGAGGCUGGUGGACACCAAAGCUAAUAAACCUGGCCUGAACCUUAUGCACUAUGUGGCAAUGCAAGCCCAGCAGAUUGACAGUGCCUUACUGAACUUUCCAAAGCAGCUCCAACACAUUGGAGAAGCUUCAAGGAUCCAGAAACAAGAAGUGGAGGCCGACCUUCAAAGAGAAGCGGAGAAAAUUAAAAAAGCGAGGGACUGUGCCAGUAAACAGCCUGAUCUCCAAUGUCAAAUGGAGGAAUUUCUCAGGAUGGCUGACAAUCGGCUUGCGGACAUGGAGGCCUCUCUGCAAACGCUCGAUUCCAUCAGCGACUCAGUGGCCGAAUACUUCUGUGAAGAUCCUGCCACCUUCAAACUGGAGGAGUGCUGCUCCAUCUUCCACUCCUUCUGUGAGAAGUUUGAGAAAGCUGUACAGGAGAACGGUGAACGGGAGGCAGUGGAGAAGCGGCGGCGGCAGCAGAGGGAGAGGGAGGUGCUCAAGCGGGCAGCCAAACGCCGCUCCAUUGGCACCUGCACCAGUCGUGACUCUGAUGUGGACGCUUCGGCCCUGGAGUCUAUCUUGACCAGCUUCCUCACUGACCGUCCUGCACGCAGAAGGCAGCCUUCAUCCAACCGAGAAAGUCCGACAGAUCUGCUCAACAGUAAUAACCCUCUGAAAGAAACCUCACAGAUGGCUUUAGACAGCCCUACCAAAACUGAGAAGAAGGAUUCUGACAUUUUAGAUGGUGAACAGCUCCGAGAACUGGACCAGAGCUUUCAGACCAAAGAGGACACGCCCAGUGCUGUGGACAAUCAACAGACACCAGCUGGCUUUAGGAGAGGGCCAUGCAUAGACAACAAGAGGACUCCUAAAAGUGUCGACCGCAAGCCAAGCUGCCGCAAGAGCAUUCUAACUCCACAAAACCCUGUCUUGUCUGAAGAAGAGAGCAUUGACCAAGACGGAGAUGUUCAAGUGAACAGUCAAAAAGAGCCAGCUCAGGUCCCUGAAGUUUCUCGAAAGGUUCUGCAGCGCCAGAGUAGCCGUGGCAGUCUGAAAGGAGACCCUGCUCCAGAACACCCUAGAACUUACUUGGACACUUUCUCAUCUCCUGUCCACAAAGGGAUGCGGGAGGUGGAACUGCACAACGGCCUCGAGUGCCUGAGCUCGCCCUGGACCGUCCUCAGCCCACACAUCUCUCCCAGAAGCACGCCCCACCGUAGGCACUCCUUCACCCUGGCCACCAGGGACGAAGAACUGGACGACGGCGUGUGGGCACUCCCAGACACGCCUGUGCGUGGCAAGCCACCUCCACUAGUGCACAAGUGCCGGUCGUAUGAGCACAGUGUGUCUACCUCUGUGCUGACGGACACAGGAGUAAGAACUCCUCACAUACUGGACUGUCCCUCAGGUGCUCCUCUGUUAAGGUCUGCGUCCGUGGGCUCAGAAGCCCCAAAUUCAGCCCCCGGCUUCCGUCUGGGGGUUCUCUUCCAGAGACGAAGCCAAGAGCCUCUGCUGGCCAAAAGGCAAGAGCCUUCCGCCCUGGUCACCUUCUUCAGGCGCUUUGGGGAGAGAGGAAGGCCUGCUUCUGUAGGUGACUCCCACAGAGCAGACGCUUAGGUGCCGAGAAACUGGAAACUUGCUUUGUUUUUACGUUUGACAGAGUUUUACUCUCGUGGAAUCACACAGACCUCUGUUUCACAGUGAACACUGUGGCCCAAGACAAAUAUGGACUUGUUUUGGGAUGUGACCAUGGUGUCAUUAGUGAAUCCUAUAUGCAAAACUGGGUGAUAUUUAUUUGUGUUUAACUUUUUAUGGCGAUAUUUUAUUGUACAGUUUACAUGUUAAAGGGAUACAAGCACUAAUUACUCCUGUUUCCUUAAGCGUACUCUGUAUAUUUUAUGUAAUAAAGUGUGGUUUUCCACAUUAACUUA